AUGGUUUCUCCACAGAUAUGCUUGUCUUGGUCAAUGCUGGUCCUCAUCAUCGCUGUAAAACAAGGUUACGGCCAAGCGACGGAUGUGGACGUGCGGAUAUCCGCACCCAGCUGGGUUGCCCGCGGAGGAUCCGCUACACUACGUUGCCUGCACCAAGUCCCACCACAGCUGCUAUACAAGGUUGAAUUUCUAAGAACCGGAUCUAAACUGCUGCAGUAUGUGAGAGAGCGCGUGCCACCAUACACCAAUUAUAGUUUUCCUGGAGGGAAACUUAAUAUGUCGCUCGUGACUGAGAACUCCAUUACGAUAGAUAAUUUGGACCCGACUGCCUCCGGUCUAUACUGGUGUGAGGUUUCCCUGGAGACACCCAUUUUCACUGCCGCCUCGCCUGCGCACCAGCUGACUGUCGUGUAUUCUCAAAAGCAUCCGCCGAUUAUAACGUUCGGUAAACCAGACGUUGUGAUUGGUGGAUUUAUCCGCGCCAAUUGCACCAGUGCACCUGCUGCCCCCGCGCCCCGGCUGACAUGGUAUAUCGAUAAUGAGAAGGUGCCCGAAGAAUCCAUUAGAUAUUUUUCCUAUCGAGUAUCAAGCUCUACAAGGAACAAAGGCGGUAGCGGUUACAGGCACAGGAAACACCAACACCGAUAUAUAGCACCCGAAUUCAAUCACACGGCCAAAUACUGGGCUUUGGUGAGCGAAACCACUACCCCGUCGCCUGCGAACCUAACUAAGCAAAGCAAAUGCACCUUGAAGGACGGACAGAGUGGAGAUGUAGCUAAGAUUCGAGAGAAACCAAGGGAUCAAGCGCCUCCUCCUAUAUCUCUGUGGGUAUCCAUAGCUGAACUGCGAACUCCAGCACACGGCCGCUUACAGCUGACUUGCACUGCGACAAUACCCGACGAAGUUGGACCUGGGGAAAAGUUUGCAGACAUCAAGAAACAAACAGUUACCGUGGCAGUCAAUGAGCUUAGUUUGAAAAAACCACGUACGGAAUCUUCUGCUUUCAAUGGAACCGCGCCGUGUCUUCAGAAUUAUAACCAGUUUCUACUCAUUGGUUUUGGUCUCCUCGUCUAUGAGCUUCAAUUUCCUCUAAAUUAA